CCGCAGUGUCUCGAAGUUCGGCGCAGUAGGGCGACCCACAUUAAGUACUGCCGCCGACCGCACCGCCCACUAUGACUCUUACCCACAACGCCAUGUCAGCCCACCGCAUUCUCUCACCGCACUCCAUCACCUUCGCUCUCCGGUGAAUGUGCAUGUUUUGUACCAAACUCCGCCCAGCUCCAUCGGGCUCUGAAGAACCAUGGCCGCAACAAUGGUAGAAGUCGAGCUACAGCCGCUUACUCGUGCCAAACAUCCCGAGACGCUCACCGAGACUCCGCAGUCGCGCCCUGCUUCCAUAAAAAGCGACCCUAUUGAUCAUCUCCAUGCGAUUCCAAACGACAUCGAAGUGACCCCCGAUCAUGCUCGCUCGAAGCUUCACAAGGUUUCGGUCGUCUUCCAACUAUGCGCCAUCAACUUCAUGGCCAGCUUCGCCAGCGGCGCCAUCACGGUUGGCUUACCGACAAUUGCUGUAUCGUUGGCAAUUCCUGAAGCCCUAUACACCUGGCCGUCGUCGGUGUACGGUCUGGCAUCGGGAGCCACCAUCUUGCUUUCUGGAGCCGUGGCCAACGUCGUGGGUGCCCGCAUUGUCGAUCUCGUGGGAACCGCAGUUCUCAGCAUAUCCACCCUAGCAUGCGCAUUCUCCCAAAGCCCCAUCCAACUCAUUGUGUUUCGAGCGCUCCAGGGGACCGGCAUAUCCAUGCACUUCCCAGCGUCCGUCGCCCUGGUCACGGCGGCCGUGCCUGCCGGCAAAGGGAGAAAUAUGAGCUUUGCAUGUCUCGGCCUCUCGCAGCCGCUAGGCUUCUCCGCCGGGCUGGUCGUCAGUGGGGUGAUGAUUGAGAAAACCGGAUGGCGAUCUACUUUCUACCUGGCUGCAGCGGGGUGCGUUGCGGCAAGCAUUGCAGGAUUCUGGAUCUUGCCCACAGACAAGUCUCGACAAACCGGGGAACUGUCGAAAAUGCAGCGAUUGCGGACGGAGGUGGAUUGGAUUGGUUCGAUACUUGCGUCGGCAGGCCUCGCGCUACUCAGCUACGUGCUUGCCGUGGUGAGCGCCGAUACCGCGAACAUUCACAAAGCCGUGAAUGCGUCUCUCCUAGCCCUCAGCUUCGUAGCCCUCGCUGCCUUCCCGCUCUGGAUGCGGCACCGAGAGCGAUCUGGACAGGCCCCACUGAUCCCCAACUCCCUUUGGAAGAAGAAAGCGUUCACGUGCAUGUGUGCCAUGGUUACGCUUUCUUGGGGCGCGGGCAACGCAAUGGAACUCUUCUCGAGCUUGUACUUCCAAAACAUCCAGCAUACUUCGACCAUCUUCACCUCGCUCCGGCUGCUUCCCAAUCUGACAAUGGCGGUCAUAGUGGAGCUGGUGGUGGGACUCAUUGUCGACAAAACACCCAUCCGCUGGGCCGUGGUCGGCACCUCCGUGUUGAGUGCUAUUGCACCAUUGCUGAUGGGGUUGGUCGAUCCCAAACAGCCCUUCUGGUACAUGGAACUCUGGGCUCAGAUUUUGGCGCCAAUUUCUGGAGAUGUCUUGUUCACAAUCGGGCUACUGGUGGUAUCAGAAGAGUUCACCGAAGACCGGCAGGCGCUGGCGGGAGCGGUCUUCAAUACGGUGGCGCAAUUCGGAUGGAGUCUGGGAAUCGGCCUUUGUCAAGUUGCAGCGUUUGUCGUCACGCAGGACAAGCAACAUAGUGGUGAUGGCUCUAGGUCUGCCGCUGCGGCUCUCUUGGACGGAUAUCGUGCAUCCUUCUGGACCAUCUUUGCGUUUUUCGUCACUAUCGUUAUACUCGCACUGGGAGGUUUACAAAAGCUGGGGAAGAUUGGCGCAAAGCAAGACUAAUAGAAUAGAUACCAGGGAUGUAUACUCUGGGGAUAGAAGUGACCAUACGAGGAAUGGAAGAGAAUGUAGACAAAAAGCAGACUAGAUUUGAUCAUGAAUUCAUCAACUUGGAACGAGCA